AUGUCACAUCAGCGCAGCGAGGAGGAUAACAGCUUCGCCUGUGCGUGCCCCAACGGUGUGCACAGCACACCUGCUGGCAGUGCUGACGACCACCGCACCGAGGCAGGGCUGCGACUCGUGCGCGAUGUUCUGCUGACGGAGGACUGGUUUGUAGAGCGGCCCCCGCUCGCUCUCGCCUUCGCGCAUCCGUACAUACGACUGUGGUGCGAGAUGUGGCGCACCGAAUACGUCGGCGACCUUCACGCACCGGCCGCGCACGAGCCGCCGCACAACACGCGCGGCCCAGCAGCACAGCCGGCCUCGUAUGUGCGCAUUGGGCUGCGUCGCCUCCGCAAUCCGAUUGCCUUCGCAGACCCCGCCUCGGCGGGCGGUGCCAACAUCCUCAGCGGCGGCGUUCCUCUGACGUCGUUGUCUUCGGUGCUUUCAAGCUCACCGCACGCCACGGCAGCGCAGAGGACAGUGCGGUCGCUGGUGGCUCCACUUCCGACGUAUCCCGAGCCGGUCGACGCGAUGGAGUCAGAGCCGCUCUACGACGCGGCCGCCGUGCGCGGCAUCCCAGUCGUGGACCCAACGGCCCCCCUGUACGCCCUAGAGGCGUACACAGAGCACGUGUUCCGCAUGCCAAUUGGGAUGCGGCUCGGCCAUGUGCGGCUGCUUACCCUGUGGCUGCCGUGCCAGUGCCUCUCUCACGCUACUCCAGUGCGCCAGCGUGCGCGCCUGGUGAGGGGGCUGUUCAGUCACGUGCCGGCAUCAGUGACGCAUGGCGCUGCGAUGAAAGCGACUGCCUGCAUCCACACAGCGGAAGCCCAGUGGGCGGUGCGUCACGAACCGCAACCGAUGCCGGCACCCGCAGUUUCGUCGCAGCAUGUGAAGGGCUCCUCCGGCGGCGUCACCGCUCUCAAUAUCGACGCUGACGCUGGCGCCGCCAAGGCGGACGACAGCGACUCGUCGGCGGAGCAGGGCAGUGCUCACAUGGAAGAAGAGGUGAAAGAUGACGACUGGGAGGCGAUGGCGCUGGAAGAGGAGGCGCUGCUGGAGCAGCAACCUCUGUCCGUAUCUACAGCAGCGGCGACGGUAGCGCCACGCAUGAGUGGCUCUCCGGGUUCUCAAGCGACCCCUCAAGCCCGCACCUGCUUCUCUCUCUCCACCACUCACCACCCAUCGCUGCCCGCUGCAGCCACCAGCCCCGCCACCACUGCCUCGAGCGACACCAGCGCUGUUGCCGCUGCACCAGAGCCGCGUGGCGGUGCUUCCGCUGUCAUCGAGGGCGUGUGCGUUGCCCUUCCUCCUCCUUGUGGUUGGUGGCUGCGUCGCGGUGUACGGCCGUCGUCGGCGUUGCACGGCGCUCCUUUGCCUCUCUACGCCCACUGUAUAGACGCGACGCGGCCGUGGCUGGACUGGCUCGAGGCGACGGCGCGUGGCACCAGCGACGCGCUGCCCGACGAAGACUGCGGCAGCGCCACGCAGACGUUUCUUUGCGGGGUGUCGCUCAGCGGGUGGUUGCCCAAGUAUGUGCAGCCAACGAUCGUCUCACGAGCGGAGCUCGCGCGGCGCAGUGCCUCGGUGAAGCUGGAGGACGCCAUCUCCUCCACUCUGCCCUUGCGCGGUCUCCACAUCGAGUCUUCUGUUGGCGCGCUGAAGCGGCUGCUGGGUGGCAGGAGUGGCGAGCGUGGCGACCCCGGUGGCGGCGCGGCACUUCUCGGCACCCUCGUCGCUCUUGACGCGCCGUACCUGCGGGACGCCGAGCCGGAUUUGCUCGCAGGCCGCGAUCGACUGCCCGCCAGUGAUGACAGCGACGCCAGCAGCCUCGCGUCUGCCCUGUGCCGGCUACGUCGACUGCGCUUCUUGAGCAUGAAUCACGGCCGCGACGUUUUGGCGGAGGCGUCCUCGCUGUCGCCAGGGCAAACAGACGUCCUCAGCACGUGCGUCGAGGAGCUGCUCCUCCACGGCGUCACCGGCCUCGCUCCGCGCACGCUGGCCUCGGUGGGGCGCUGCUGCGUGUCGCUGCGCACUGUGGAUAUGACCAGCACCAGCGUCACAGAUGACGAGCUGCGCGCUCUCGUGUACGGUAGGUGGGACACACCGUGCAAAGAAAGCAACCCAGCGGUAUGCCCUGCGAAGUUGUCUCCACUCGCUUGUCUGGAAGAGGUGCGACUGACUGCCUGUCGCAGCCUCACUUGCGUCGAUGCCCUCGCUGCACUCCCACGGUUGCGUCGCCUGGACCUGCGCGCCAGCGGUGUGCGCCAAGUCGCGGACCUUGCGGGGUGCCACCUGCUGGAGGAGGUGGUACUCACACGCUGCGAGCACGUGACGGAGCUUUACCCUCUCUGGCGACUCCCCCGGCUGCGUUGUGUGGAGGCGGACGGCGUCCGCCAACUACAGCAGUAUCGAGCACUCAUGCCGCCCACCGCUUCUACGGCGGAAGAGGAUGAGGGGGGCGACGAGCGCUUCAUGGCUCCUUUGGUCCGACUAAACCUGUCGCAGGCCGCCCUGAUUCGCGGGGCCAGCGUUGGCUACCUCGCGCGGCGUCUUCGCGACUUGAGCGGGCAUUUCACGUCGCUGGUGGUGCUCCUCCUUGAUCACACCGACGCCGACGAUGACACGCUGCGCGCCUUGGCCGGGUUCCCAACGGCGGAGGCGGAGAGCGGCCACUUCACAGGACGGUGCCUGCCGGUCGCCUCGUCGCUGAGGGAGCUCAGUCUCGUUGGCUGCGUUCGCGUGCACCACCUCGGCCCUCUCGGCAUGCUGCCGCAGCUCACCCGCUUGGUGGCCGACCAUUCCGGUGUAGAGCACGUGGACGGCCUUCAGCACAGCCGCAGCCUCGACUCUCUCUCUUUGAGUCACUGCACACGACUGUGGGCCAUCAGCCCCCUCGCCUACGUGACCUCGCUGCGAUGCGUGGAUUUGAGCUACACACCGCUCAAUGACGCAGCGCUGCUGCGCUUCGUAUACCCGACUGUGGUGGAGAAGCUGACGGCGCGGCGGCAUCCGCAUCUUGGCGAGAUUGUGGCGUCGCUGCAAGCCUGCACCGCCUCUCCCGCCCCUCUCGUCCCCUCACAGGUCGAGGAGCUAAGUCUCUGUCACUGCAUGUCGUUACUGUACAUCAGCUGCGUCGCGCACCUUCCACGACUGCGUAGACUUGACGUGGGCAAUACAGCACUGUUUGAUCGUGGAUUCGUGGGCUUCUUCAGCCGCACGAAGACUCUCCUGUGCACGCAGUCGUGGCAGACUGCCCACCCGGCUGGUGCCACCGUCGAUGACGGCGAGGCGCUGAGACUGGUGCCACUGCCGGACGAGGCAGCGCUUCUCACCGCUUGGAGAAGGGAUACCCAAACGGGAGCGGCGGUACCGCGAGACGCGAGCUCCACUUCUCGUGAGAUCUCCGUGGACCGCGCUGCUGCCACCGCUGGUGGGCCGCCGCACUCUUUAGAGUUCGACUUCUCCGUCGGCGCCGUGAAUACCGUCACGCACGUGUGUCUCUCCUACUGCGUGGAGGUGCGUUGCAUUGCCGCCUUCGCCCUCUUCCCUCAACUGGUGUCACUUGACGUCACCGGGACGGCCGUCGACAGCGCCUCCCUCCUGGACUUUGUGAACGUGCUGCUGGAGGGCUGCAGGAGCGGGGAUGCCGACGUUCCGGUGAUGCGGCUCGAGAUGGAGGGCGACAGCCUGCGCCCGAGGGCGCUUCCGGCACGGCGGAGAAAAGCAGCGCCUGCUGUAUCGUUUUCUUCGCGGGGCAGCGACGCCGAUGGUGCGACUGUGGAGCCGUCGCUUCGACGCCGCCGACUAUUUGUUCUCACGACGCUCACGCUCGCGUGGUGCCACUACCUCACCGACGUGCGGUGCUGCGCGGCCGUGCCGUCCCUGCGCCACCUGGACGUGUGCGGAACUCCCAUCGACAAUCUCAGUGUUGCGGCCUUCUCUUCUCGUGAGGCGUCUGCGUUGGCAUCGGCGGCGUCGGAGGAGGAGGCGCAGUGGUGGCAGCACCAUCGCUGCUCGAUCUUGUCGCUGGAUGUUAACUGUUGCCGCCGUGUCACCGACAUUGCGCCGCUCUUCGCGGCGCCGACCAACUCAUUGCCUGGCAGUGGCGGCAGCAGCGGGAGGCGAGAGUCUUUGGGCUACUGCCGUCCGCUCUCCUUGAUGGAGCUGCGACUUCGCCACUCUGGUGUGACGUCCACCAAAGAGGAGCUGCGCGCCCUCGACCCCUUCGGCCGCUGCCUGUUUAUGCUGUAG